CGUGGGCGGCGGACCUUCCUGCGCGCCCGGACGCCAUUGAUUCCUGAUCUCUGGGUUGCGAGCUCCGUAGCGCCAUGGGACAGCGGACCCCGCCACCUGGCCGCCUCCCCGGCCCGCGCAGGGAGAAUCCGGCGCGAGGAGCCAGGCUUCGACCUUGGAUCGCCAGGACCCCCGUCUUCAUCCUCCUCGGGGUCCUGCUCCGCGUCUCGUCUUCCUCGCCUGUGAACAUUAGGAAUGACAGAGUUCAUGAGCAGUCAUCUCCCUGGCAGGGACAGAAGUACACUCCCCAAAAGAUUCGGUGCUUAGCAGGGUUCCAUUUGUCAGAAGACAGUAAAAGUUGUGUACCAUGUACAAGAGGACAGGACUACACAGAGCACUUGAACACAGAGCAGUCCUGCAUACCAUGCACAGUGUGCCGCUCAGAUCAGAAAGAAUUGGCUCCAUGCACCACAACCACCAACAGGAAGUGUGAGUGCAAAAAUGGUACUUUCAGUGGAGAAAAUUCUCCUGAGGCCUGCGAGACCUGCAGCACUAGGUGCCCCGAUGGGAUGAUUGUGGACGGGCCCUGUACCAGCCAGAGUGACCUCAAGUGUAUCAGCCGAGAAUCAGGUGCUCGAGAUAGUAAAGGAGUGACCCCAGUCCCUGGAGAGCCAUUGACCAACUCUGGGUCACCUCCCUUUCCUUCCUCAGGCAAUGGACCCUCCACAUGGAUUGUGGUAGCAGCUGUUCUCGUGGUGGCUAUUGUGAUCAUCUGUAUUUUAGUUUUAGUGUAUCGUAUGUGGUGCAAGACUCACGGCACUUCAGUGAACCAUAAGUGUCUGAACAAGGUCUUUUUCGGCCGCUUGCACUGGUGUCCUAGAAAAGAGCCUGGGACAGAGGACAAUGCCCUCAACAGCAUCGUGAGCGACAGGGACUCACUGUCCACCGUGGCCUCUGUGCAGGUACUGGAAGGCCAACAGCAGACAAAGCCGCCAGGUGCUGCUGUACAGACCCCAAGGGAAACGGAGCCUCUGCUGCCAUCAACGGAAACUAAAAAAUCUCAGAAGAAAAGUAGGCGCCUGGUUCCUGUGAAUGUUGAAGAAGCUACUAAAAGCCUGAGGCAGUCCUUUGAUUCCUUUUCAAGGGAAGUCCCCAUGACAUCCUGGAACCAGCUUAUGAGGAAGGUGGGUCUCAUGGAAAAUGAGAUCCAACAGGCUAGAAGUCGAGCCGUAGACCCAGGGGAAGCCCUGUAUUGUAUGCUGCUGCAGUGGCACAGCAUACAGGGGCGGGAAGCCUCAGUGAACACCCUGCUGGAUGCCUUGGAAGAGAUCAAGGAAAGACAUGCCAAAGAGGAGAUUGAGAAGGAGCUGGUGAGCUCCGGAAUGUACACCUACGAAGAUGAGGACUCCGCUCUGUCCUGAGUGUACGGGACUUGCUUUAGGAAACCAGAGCUUCCCUGGACACUAGCUUGAAAGAAACAGCAAAUACUUGAUCAAAACUUGAAGAAGCUCUGGAAUUUUCCAGAAUUUUUUUCAAAUCAAUUGGAACUAUUUUUAUUUUUAUGAAAUGUUUACUGUGACGAAACUGGAAGAUAUUUCAGAUUCCGUGUGGAUUAUAGUUAGGUGUUUGAAUAGUACUAAGAGUUAUUUUAGGAUGUCAUUCUUUUAUGUUUAUAGCAUUUUUUUCAUCCUAAUAGAACUGCACUUUUUACUUCUACAUGUUUUAUUGUAAAACAUAUUUUAUUCUCUUUAUGUUAGUAUUGUCCAUUUUUAUUUCUAUUACUUAGUGUUACUUUAUAUACUUCUUUUUCAUAUUUUUAUCUAUUUAUAUAAAUACUGAAAAACAGUUUUUUAAAUGCACUUACCAACUGGAUUGCAUUGAUUGCUUAUAUUUCUAUGACCAUAAAAUAUAUAGAAAUAUAAGGCGGGGGGGGGGUUGGGUGGCUCACCUGUGUGUUGUUGCCCUGGUCCAUUCUAGUUCCCCAUCAUGCAGUUUGAGCUUGUGACUGGCAAUUUCUUAUGGGCCCAGUCUUUUCAACGUGAUAACUGUAGAUGUGCAUAAAUAUUUAUAUUAUUUAUAGGAAAUGUUUACAAGUGAGCAGAAAGUGAAAAGGGAUGCCUACACAAAUCCCUUCCAGUGGGGGUAGAGGGGUAGGUCAUGUGCCGUUUCAGGUCUUGGUAGUGAACCUUUAGGAUGGACUCCCCAUGUCUGCCACAGCCUUAAAACAGGAGCCUCAGAGCCCAGUGCAAGCCAUAGAGCAUGGUGGCUUGGUUGCCACACCCCACUCCUUAGCCUGCCCCAGGUGAGCUAGUCCUGGGACUCUGGUGACAAAACUUGCCCCCGCCCAGUGCUCCCCACAGUGGGAGGUUCAUGGGUUGUGUGCUCCAGCAGCCAUUGUGAAUUGGAUCCUGGUGCACUGCUUACUGGUGUGCUACCAGCUCCAGACUCUCAUCGAAUGGACAGUGCCAUAUUGCAUGAGCGGUAUCCAGUUGUAGACUACUAGACUCUAUCUGGGGUGGGACAGCCAGCCAUUUGUGGCCUUAAAAACUCCUUUUUUCAAAUAAAAAUAAGGAAAAAAUUUAAAAAAAAAGAACAAUGAUGUAAAAAAAUAAAAAAUUAAAAUAUAAUACAAUACAAAAAAAAAAGGUCUGCAAAAGAUAUUCAUAGAAAAAUUUUAAGACAAAAACUCAAACACCAUAAAUGUUAUAUACAUAAAUGUAUGGGAUUUCUAUGCAAUAAAAUAUUUUGUACCCCUAAGAAGUUUAAAUAUAGGACCUCCCUGGUGGCGCAAGGGGUUAAGCACAGCACUAUGAAGCAAUCCAUAGCCUCUGCAGCCGAGUUCAACCCCUGUCUGAACAGCCACUCAAGAUGCCAGAUAAGUGAAUACAAGAGGAAAGGGGAAGGGAGUCAAUAAGCUUUGUCUCCUCUGUUGGUCAAAUUCUUCUAGCAAAUUUCCACGAAAGGGCUAUUGUCCCAGGGAACCAUUAAAUAAAGGACUGAUGGUGCUGAGGGGUCACCUCAAUCCCAGACAUGUUCAAGGGGUUGUCCCCAAAUGACAGCAAAAAAUCCCCACCCAAAAAUCCACCAAAGACCCCAAUCCUUCUAGAUCUAUCUCAUUUAAGAAGUAAGCUCUCUUCCCAGGGAAGCUCUCUUCCCAAGUCUUCCUUCCACUUAAUCUCUCAGGGGUGAAUCAUGAUCGAAGCCCAUCUUGAGGCAUUUUUUUUUUAUUUUUUUAAAGAUUUAUUUAUUUAUGCAUAAAGAGCUGGGGUACAGGCCAGAGAUGCCAGGGGUGAGAGGAUUCACCAGAGACAGAGUGGGGAACAGAACAGGCAGAUUGACUGAAACACCACUGAGGGGAGAAGCAGGCGAGAAAGGAGAGGUCUGCUGCGCAAAAAACAAAACAAAACACAAAAAACUCCUUUUUUCCCUUUGUAAUAAACUGUUGUUGCUGUACCCUGAGCCUGAAUGGUUCCUUGCAACUGUGGGCAUAUGGGUGAGACCCCAGAGAGUUUCCCACCUUGGCACUGUUUUAGCCUCCUCAGGGAGGAAGAGUGGACAGUGCUUAUGGAUUGUUUGAAUGUUUAUUAAUUGGCACUAUAUGUAGGUAUCUCUGAGGGUAAAAUGGUUUUUAUAAGCUGUUGAAGUACAAAGCUGUACAUAGUUGAAAACCAGUAUUACCUCCAAAAAAAGUAAA